AUGUCUCGAUCCACAACGGGGCCGGCGCGUCCGCCAUACUUCGAUCAGAUACUUGCGACUCCAGAGACCAACGUUGAUAUCGUCGCUGUCCCACCUAUCGGUGCACAUCAUAAGAAAACUUGGACGGCACAAGGCUCACGAUCACCGUGGCUAGGAACUGGAUUCCUGGGGUAUAUGCCGAGAGCGCGGGUGCUGCUGUAUAACCAUGGCGAGCUACGUGAGGGCGACAAGAUCGAGGCUUUGGGGCAGCGACUCCUAAAUACCCUUUUGAGUGAACGCAAAAGUUACAGUUCGAGUCGGCCUAUCUUCUUCAUAUGCCAUAGUACCGGCGGCCUCGUGGCAAAAGCUUGCCUGGCUUUAGCUUCACGGGCCGAACCGAGCCAGGCAAUCCUCUCCAGCUGCCAUGGCAUCGCAUUCUUCGCAACUCCCCAUCAAGGGUCGAGCUAUCUAUCGGCAGAUGAAUAUGAUCCCAGCAUUCGCCGACUUCUGCACCUCGAAUGGGAUCUUCCCUUGUCUCUGAGGGAGCAAUUUCGCCCUCGAUCUGCUCGACUAUGGCACCUUUCUAACAUGUUCAAAGCUCUGUCUGCUGAUAUGAAGGUUUGGUCUUUCCUUGAGACGGUUGACUCGACGCUACGUGUUCAAGACCCCGAGACGUCUAAGUACAUGGAGUUACAUGCUCCGAUCACAUCCAUCCGUUCAGGAUUGUUGAGUAUUGAGCAUGAGGACGAGAUCCCUAUGGCAACAGACCAUGCCGGUACGGCUAAAUUUCAAGGCCAGGACUCGGCACGCAUCACCUUUCUUCGCGAAUUGAAUGAGGCAGUAACUGGGGCAGUGAGGCUCUCCAAGGAACCAGAUACCCCACUCGCGGUUGAGCGUGAAGUCAUCGUUCAGGUUAAUGGUUUCUUCGAGGAUACGGCACUUGGGGUUAGCGAUGAAACUCCACUCAAGAUGUGGUCAGCACGCGUCUCUCUUGAGUACUAUCUUGCGCAGGGUCCAUCGGCAUGUCUUCGAGAACGUUUGAAGCGUAUCCAGCCCGGUGGCUUUGAUGACUCGUCUAUCAGUAGCUUUGACAGCCGUCACUCAUUUCCACAUAUUGUUCACGGUCCGAAUGAGAUGGGAGGGGAUGAGACUCACGAAGGCACAGAGCCACCUCAAGUUCCCCAAGAAGUCAAAGUGAGACAGUCACGACCGAUAAUGAGACAGAGUCGAAGUUACAUGGACCCUUCACUUCAAUCUCCUACUAUUCAUAUUACUGAGGCCGCAAUGGACGGGUAUUUCGACACGGGCAGCUCACCAAGCGAAACUUCACCACCGCAAGAAGAAAGCCCACGCCGCAACUCUAUCGGCAGAGCUCUAGGGUUGAUACCGUUUACUAGGGCUCAUAAGCGAAGUAGAUCCGAUAGUAGCUCACAAACAAGUGGCUCUCGGCCGCCAUCGAGCUCAGCAUCCCCACCGCGACAAUCGGCUUUCCUAGCCAUACCACCCUCAACUCGAGACCGUGUAAGCCAAGACGCUGAAGCUCCAGAUGUCCCUCGCUCGAUUCCUCGCUUUGAUCGUCCAGAACCGGAUACGGAAAAGUUACUCUGGAUUCACGUCCCUUACACUCAUACCGGGUGGGUAUCGCAAGUGAUCCGGCGCGCAUGUAAAGAUCGUGAUGAACCAAAUUUCGUGAGGAAAUUUAUUAAUGACGAGAAUUGGUACCUGAAUCUCAACAGGGCUCGCCAUCUCGAGCCCCAUGCGCGAUUUGUGAAGCCACAAUGCAUACAUUCGAGACAAACAGAUAUCUCUCACGGAACUGAUUCUGAUGAUUCGGAGGAUCCACAGCUUGCUCUAUAUACUCCUUAUCUUCAUUGGGAUACAUAUCGAAAUUUGAUUCAGCGGCGCAAGGUGGUCGAAGACAGGCUCCGUCAAGGGCGUUCCCGACCUGUGCCCAACCGAAUUGCGAGGUCUAGUCUAGAAGCCCAACUCAUUUGGCAGUAUCUAGGCUGUGAACCGCCAAUUCACUUCCGACGGACGCUAGAUCAAUUCGGAUACCCCAACCUUCGUUCUACAGUCGCUAGAGAUGAUGACCAAAUGCUCUGGAAACGAACUCGGAAGCCUGCCCGGCUCGACGCACAACUUCGAGCUUAUUUAGAAGCCGCAGAGGAAGAUGCAGAGGACGCCGAGCCUACUGAGUUCAUGGACGGCAAUGUUUUGAUGGUCGACCAACUUUGGAUAUGGAUCGUCGAUCGGAAGACCGUUGUCACAUUCUUUCCGAAUCAGGAGGCUACAACAUCUGAAGGCAAACUCUAUGAGCAAUCGAAUCUUCACAGCAGCAUUUAUAAUGAGUUGAAUGGAGAUCUCGCUCGUCGAUUUGAGACGGCGGGUGAUCUUGCGGCUCUUAUCAUGUUACACGCUACAACGGUUCUUUUGGAUAAGACUCUCCAUCACGACCUGCAGGUGCUACGUAUUUUUGAAGAAUCAAUCAGUAUACUAACCGAAUCUGUCACAAAGUCUUUCAAGCGUUUCCGAAAUCGUGGCUUCACCAAUCGACCAGCCGACCACGACAGAAAUCCCGAUGGCAGGAUAAUGACGGCAGGUCAGCGUGAUCAGCGAGACCGACAAGUUGCACGUCGAAACCGCGACGAUUUAUCUGUUUUGCUUGAGCUUCGGGACAUUGAGGAUGAACUGUCGACCAUCCUGAGGCUUCUCGAGCAGCAGGACUCUGUCAUCAAAAGCAUGAAGAAAUACUUUGACCGCAAAACCUACGGCAAGGUAUUUUUGGACAUGGCGCAGUCUAGGAUCGAUGAGUAUCGCACUCAGAUUGAAGAUAUGAAGUCGAAUAGUCAUACGGCGCAGAAGGCCGUGGAAACUCUCCUUGAUCUCAAGCAAAAACAGGCAAACGUGGACGAGGCUAAGAUGGCGCGGUGGCAGGCUGAGGUAACUCAGAACCAAUCGAGAUCGGUCAUGGUCUUUACUAUAUUCACUGUGAUAUUUCUUCCACUGUCCUUUUUCACGUCUUUGUUCGGUAUCAACGCUCGUGAAUGGAGUGGCGAAGCUACUAAUCUCACAUUAGCAACAAUGAUGGAGAUAGCUGCACCCGCAUCCUUCGCCAUCAUCGGCUUGUCUCUUCUCAUGGCCUUCAGCGAGAAACUACGUGGAGCGGUGACAAGGUCACAUAAAAUAGCUUCAGGGCUAGCCAAGGACUUCCUGGUACUUCCGACUAAGACUUUUCUGCAUUGGCAGACCUUUAAAAGCAAAAUACCCACGGUCUCAGUCCCUGAUGGCUCAAGCAUGCGGGAGAGACUCGAUGGAUAUAUGGGCUAUGAGCGCCACAGGGUGAAGUUUGAUGAGGACUUUUGGCAGCGGCGCCAGAAAAAUGAUACACGGGCAGGAGGUAGCUCUAACGAGCCCGAUAUUAUGCUUUCUGUUCUUGCCGAAAAGGCGAGGCGGAAGAAAGAGGGUGUCUGA